GGCGGGGCCAGAAAGUUUUGCCUGAGCUUCCCGCGGGUCCGGAUCAUCGGCCCGCAAGUCAGGAGCGGAUCCAGAGGCUGACGCGAAGGCGGGGCGGGACCAAAAAGUUGUGGGUGGCGGGGGCCGUGGCCAGGGUGCUGGCGGAGAAUGAUGGGAGUGCAACCGGAAAGUUUUGCGGGACCCAGGGGUGCCGUCCGAGCGUUGGCACGCAAGCCGGCCCGGGAGCCAGAACCCUGACUGAGGGCGCAGGGGGCGGGACCGUGUUUCGAAGCGACGAGGCCGAGCUGCGAAGCAGGGGGCGUGACCGGGAGGAACCCCUGGUGCUGUGUCCGGAUUCUGCAGGGGAAGUUUGCUGGGACCCUGGCCCCACCUAGCCAGUGGAAUGUCAGCCACGCUGGAUCUGAAAUCGAAAGAGGAGAAAGAUGCCGAGUUGGACAAGAGGAUCGAAGCUCUUCGGCGAAAGAACGAGGCCCUCAUACGGCGCUACCAGGAGAUCGAGGAGGACCGUAAAAAAGCUGAACUCGAGGGAGUAGCGGUGACAGCGCCCCGGAAGGGCCGCUCGGUGGAGAAGGAGAACGUGGCCGUUGAGGUGGAGAAGAACUUGGGUCCCUCUCGGAGGUCUCCUGGGACCCCGCGGCCCCCGGGGGCCAGCAAGGGAGGCCGGCCCCUCCCCCCGCAGGGAGGCCGGGCAGGCGUGGGCCGGGUGGCCCGUCACUGGGAGGACAGUUCUGGGGAGCAGCCUCGAGGAGGAGCUGGGGGCCGCGGCCGGAGGGGCCGGGGCCGGGGGUCCCCUCAUCUGUCUGGGGCCGGAGAUGCCUCAGCUGCCGACCGCAGAUCCAAGGAGUGGGAGGAGCGGCGCCGGCAGAACAUCGAGAAGAUGAACGAGGAGAUGGAGAAGAUUGCGGAGUAUGAGCGCAACCAGCGGGAAGGCGUGCUGGAGCCCAACCCGGUGCGGAACUUCCUGGACGACCCCCGGCGACGCGGCGGGCCCCUGGAGGAGCCUGAGCGGGACCGCCGGGAGGGCAGCCGCCGGCACGGGCGCAACUGGGGGGGACCCGACUUCGAGCGGGUGCGCUGCGGCCUGGAGCAGGAGCGGCAGGGCCGCCGGGCCGGCCUGGCUGGCGCUGGCGACAUGACGCUGUCCAUGACGGGCCGGGAGCGGUCGGAGUACCUGCGCUGGAAGCAGGAGAGGGAGAAGAUCGACCAGGAGCGGCUGCAGAGACACCGCAAGCCCACCGGCCAGUGGCGGCGGGAGUGGGAUGCCGAGAAGACGGACGGGAUGUUCAAGGAUGGCCCAGCCGCUGCCCUCGAACCAUCCUAUCGCUACGAUGAUCAGGCCUGGGCUCGGCCCCCCAAGCCCCCCACUUUUAGGGAGUUCCUGUCCCAGCACAAAGCGGAGGUCAGCCGCAGGAGGAAGAAGGGUAGCCGAUCCCAGACCAAGGCAGCCCCUCGUGCCUACAGUGACCAUGACGACCGCUGGGAGACGAAGGAGGCAGCAUCCCCAGCCCCUGAGGCCCCACAGCCCCCCCCACCCGAGGAGACGCCGGUGCAGCCGCUGGAGACCCCAGCUCCUCCUGCCCACCGGCCUCCUGAGGAUGACGGGGAGGAGGACGAGGGGGAGGAUGAGGAGUGGGAAGAUGUGAGUGAGGAGGAGGAGGAGAUCGAGGAGGAGGAGGAGGAAGAGGCCAUCGAGGAGGAAGAAGAACCAGCCCAAGACCACCAACCCCAGGAGGCUGCGCCCACCGGAAGCCCCACCGGUGAGCCCCAGGAGGUGACCAGCCAGCCCCUGCCUCCCUCGAGAGUGGGCCCUGCCUCCCAGGAACCCAGAAAGCUGAAGAGGAAGGGUCUGAGGCAGCUUCAGAGGCGGGCACUGAGGGUCAGGAGACCGCGGAGAUCACCGACUUCCAGAGGGCCUCCCCGAAUUCCUGAAGACGCUGCUGGGAGGGGACUGAAGCUUCCCCGCCUUGAUGGGGAGGGGGCGGCAGGAGGGGGUUAGUCUGGAUUUCCAGGCUGCGCUCUCUCCUCCCCGGAGACUGCUCUGGAUCCCAUGACUUUAGGGAGAGGGAGAAACUGAGGGUGGUGGGGAGGCGUUGGGGAAGGGGCGUGACUGGCUUAUGGGGCAGAGCUGGAGCUUCGGGGCGUUGAAUUUAGAUCUCUGGACGCGAAGUAAGGAUGAGGUGCCGUGAGGGGCGUGGCUAGGGUGCCUGGGCGGGGCCACAACUCUCGUGGGUGAGGUUGGGACCUAGGCGGGCCUUAGAUGUGGUAUGGGGCCGCGACAGCAGGUUUAGAUGCGAGUUCUUAACGCGGCUGUGGGGGGCAGUCCUCGGUGGAGGGCGUGGUCAAUGCGGUGCUAGAACCAAUGGGCUGAGGCGGCGGAAAGUUGCGGAGCCUGGACUAGAGAGUGUGAAUCCAAGGAGAGGAGAGGGUGGCUUCGAGUGCUAGAAUCGAGUGUGAUUCAGAGAAAGGCAAGUUAGAAGCGGGGAGGACCUGCGGCUAAGGCGGGGCGGGGUUUGUGAGGCUUGAACCUCGUAAGGGCUUGGGGCUCGGAGGCUGGGCUUCGAUGCCUGGGAGAAGUCUGUGUCCCGAAAGGGGACGCGGUUGGGGCGCGGGGAGGAGGCCAGAAGGAGGAGGGCGGGGCUAAGUGCUGGGCGAGUUCGCAUUUAAGAGGUGUGGGCGUCACACCGAAGCCUGGCAGUAGUUGCCAGCUGCGUUUGCGGG